AUGCUCAAACCUCAGGCUAACGCUUCUCGAGAGCUUGUCUCACUGGAUGGUGUCUGGAACUUUGCCCUCUCCCAAUCAGUCGACAUUGACGAUGAAAGAGCUUGGGAACGGAACAUACCGCCAGAGCUCCAAGUUCCUGUUCCCGCCAGCUACAACGACAUUUUCAUUGACUCCAAUAUUCGCAAUCAUGUUGGUUGGGUCUACUACCAAAGGCGCUUCACCAUCCCACUUAGCUGGUCUCAACAGCGUUACUUUCUGCGCUUUGACGCUGCCACGCAUCGAGGGCGUGUGUACGUUGAUGAUCAAUUCGUAGCUGAGCAUAUUGGGGGCUACACUCCAUUCGAGGUGGACAUCUCGGACAUUGUCCAGCCUGGCAAGCAGGUUCGCCUUACUGUGGCGGUUAACAGUGAACUUGACUGGCAUACUAUUCCACCGGGAAGGAUUGAGACACUCAAGAAUGGCAAGCGAAAGCAACAUUAUCAACAUGACUUCUUCAACUAUGCAGGGCUUGCGAGAUCCGUAUGGCUAUUCAAUGUGCCCAGUAUCUCUGUCAAGGAUAUCACAGUUGUCGCCAAAGUAGAGGGGACUACUGGUGUUGUGGACUUCAAUAUUGCUACAAGUAUCCCUCUCGACCAUCACUCAAUCAAUGUGACACUCUUGGACGAAGAUGAAUGUCCCGUCAGUCACUCUUCUGAAUUGAAUGGCUCUCUGAUCGUUGAAUCGGUUCACCUUUGGCAACCAGGAGCUGCGUAUCUGUACCGACUUCGUGCGCAAGUAUUCUCUGGGAACACGGUAGUAGAUACUUAUGAUCUACCAGUUGGAAUAAGAACAGUCGAGGUCUCGGGAAACAAGUUUCUUAUCAAUGGAAAGCCAUUAUACUUCACAGGAUUUGGUAAACACGAAGAUACACCAAUUCGAGGCAAGGGUCACGACCCAGCCUACAUGAUCCACGACUUCCAGUUGAUGAAGUGGAUGGGAGCCAACUCUUUCCGGACUUCACAUUACCCAUACGCAGAAGAGGUUCUUGAGUACGCGGACCGUCACGGAAUUGUUGUCAUAAACGAGACAGCCGCAGUUGGCCUCAACCUCACUAUUGUUGCUGGGCUCUUUGGGCAUAAGCCGAUACCGACCUUCUCACCAGAGACGAUGAACGACGAAACACGCGCCGCCCACGCUCAAGCCAUACGUGAGCUCAUCGCUCGAGAUAAGAAUCACCCCAGUGUUGUCAUGUGGACGAUUGCAAAUGAACCUGCAGCCAGUGAGCCUGGUGUCAGGGAGUACAUGGAGCCUCUUGUCAAACUAAACCGCGAAUUGGAUCCGACACGCCCUAUCUGCUUCGCCAACGAGAAUCAAGCCAACAUUCACACUGAUCUCAUUGCUGAUCUAUUUGAUGUGAUAUGCCUCAAUAGGUACUACGGCUGGUAUCUGAAUACUGGUGACCUCGAAGAAGCAGAGCAAGGUUUAGAGGAAUGUCUGCGAAGCUGGGAGGGAAAAUACAACAAGCCAAUCAUCAUGACGGAGUAUGGUGCUGAUACUCUGGCUGGACUGCAUACGGUUGGAGAUAUUCCCUGGAGUGAGGAAUAUCAGAGCCGGGUCUUGGAAAUGUCCCAUCGAGUCUUUGAUAGGGUGAAGAGUGUAGUCGGAGAGCAAGUCUGGAAUUUUGCAGAUUUCCAGACCCCCUCUAGCUUCAUUUUCAGGGUUGAUGGUAACAAGAAAGGUGUAUUUACGCGGGAUCGGAGACCAAAGAGUGCUGUGCAGGUGUUGAGGAAGAGGUGGACUCAGAUGAUAGCUAACAAUUAA